AUGGCUCGACCUCGCAAUACGAAGGCAGUCACGGGCAACAAGACUGCAACGAAGAGCAAGGGCAAGAAGACGGCAGAAGCUGCCGCCAACCCUGCAUGUGCAACUCGGGGCGAAUCUGCGCCGACGACACGUACAAACCAGCAGGCAGCUCCUGUAACACGUCGCCAUAUCGCACGCGUCGCAGCAGAAGAGCAGGAGGAGAGCGAGUCGAGUGCGGAGUCCGAUGGAGGCCAUAGCGCUGGCCAGGUAAGCACAUGCACUCUGAUGUUGCCGAGUAACACGCUAAUAAUGCACCAGUCACAGCCUAUCGUGAUGGUCCGCUCCGGUGCACCGCGAGCCUGGUAUCGCGAGCGGGUCUACACGGGCAAGCAGGUCUCCCUGGCUCGGCUCUUGCAGUCGAUUCUCAUCAAGUUCGACACCCCGGUCGACGUGAGUAGUCGCCGUGAUAGCAGCUAAAGAUCAUACAUUGACGUGUGAGUGACAGGAACUCGUCGACUCACGCCUGCAUCCCCAGAACGCCCGUGGACACGCACGCGUGGACCCUUUCGACUGGGGCAGGGAUGUGCUCUAA